AUGGCCGCCUUCCAACCCCCUCCCCAGGAGGCCCUCGCAGGUCGCGGCAGGGUAGCCACCCUCGGCAUGCUCAUCAUCGACCACUUUGAAGUCCGGGACGACCAAGGCAACCCCGUCCCGCUGCCAGACGCCGAGAUUCUGGGCGGUGGGGGAGUCUACGCAACGAGCUCGGCACGCAUGUUCCUCCCAGCAACCCACGUCGCCUUCAUCGCCGAUGUCGGGCCAGACCUCAGCCCAGCCUUUCGUGACAAGCUCAACGUCCUGGGCGACACAGUAUGGUUUCGGCCGCGCGACGGACAAACCACUCGGGCUGUCAACCAGUACACGGGCAGGAAGAUUGGGUUCGUUUCGCUGUCAGAGUACAACCUUGAGAGUACAACCGUUGACAACCUGACCAGCGAAGGACAUCAGUCUUUCAAGUACAUCUCACCCCAGCUCCACCUAUGGCCCCACGACUACACUGCCCCUCCCAGCCCGUUCACGUCUCCUCCGCCAGAAUGGAUCCACGUCGUGUGUGACAUCAGCCGCGCCGGAGACAUUCUCGAUGACGCCGACCAAUGCCGGAGGGACGGGUGGAAGGGUCAGCUUGCAUGGGAGCCACUGGUUCGGCCCGCUGCCCCAGAUCAACGACCAAAAGUGUCGGCAUACAUUGCUCUGGCUCGGAGGUUCGCCGUUUUCAGCCCAAACCACCUCGAGCUGCAGACAAUUCUCGACGAGGACGAAGAGGACGUCGAGACGUGUGCACGCAUGUUCCACGGCCACCUCGCUGCCUCACCCGGACCCGUACCGGCCAUUGUCGUGCGUGCCGGUGAAAAAGGCGCGUUUACCCUCUCGGCCAACUGGACGGGGUGGGUGCCCGCCUUUUGGCAGCCAGGCGAAGAGGCGCACGUCGUUGGUGUCACGGGCGGCGGCAACUCAUUCAUGGGUGGUCUGCUUGCGGGUCUGCUGUUAACAGACGGCGACCACCGCGCAGCGUCAAUCUACGGGUCCACGGCGGCGUCGUUUGCCAUUGAACAGCGCGGACUACCUACCCUUACUACCAGUCCUGGCGGCCACGAACUGUGGAACGGCACGUUUGUCUGGGACAGACUGCGCAUAAUGGCACGGCGCGUCGCAGAGCUGGAGAAGGCAAACGUCACUUUACCGUCACCUAUCUAA